AUGGUGGUGGUCCCCCAGGUGGGUACGGCCCCCCACCAGGCGGCCCUCGUGGUCCCGGUGGCCCGGGCCACUAUGGGCCUCCUGGCGGUCCAGGCCACUAUGGUGGUCCUGGCCAUUACGGCCCGCCAGGCGGUUUUCGUCCUGGUCCCGGUGGCCGGCAUCCUUUCCCUCCCGGGCGCGCUCCGCCUGGUGGGCCUUAUGGCCGGGGGCCUGGUGGUCCCCCCGGGCCAUAUGGCGGUCCCGGCCCCUAUGGCGGCCCCCAUGGCUCAUGACUCGCCGAAGCCCACAGUCACCCCCUUCCGGCGUCCUGGCGGCCGUCGGUGA